AUGAUGUACCUGGAGGUGAUGAUGAUGCUGCUGCUGCUGCUCGCUACCACGACACUUGUGGCCGUCUUUUAUUGGAGGAAGGGCAUGGUGGAGGGUACUGGUGAGUGUGCUGGUUGUCAGUGGGAAAGGGUGGAGCUGACGGUACCGGCAGAAGAGCGAUGCCCUGACCCUGUGCCUGUAACCAAGGCUCAGUCUGCGAGGAGCAAAGAGAGGAGACGACGAGGCAAGGACCCGUUCAAGGGCGUCAAGGGCAAGAAGAUGCUGGAGAAGCUAGAAGUGACGAGGAGUGUGUCGAGCUCGAGUCGGGAGGAGCCUGACACACCUGCGUCGCCGACGACUACCCUCCCGCCCUCGUCACCGUCAGAGCCUGACGUGGAGCUCUGUCCCGAAUCGAUACCCGAGGAACCCAUCGAGUUUCCCACGCUAAACAGCACGCCGACGCAGCUGCUCGAGGAAGCGCGUCAGAGGGAGGAGCAAGCGCGAGAGUCGCUGGAGCGAUAUGAGGAGAUGAUGCGGUGGGAGAGGGAAGGGUGGAGGCGGCGAGAGGCAGAGAUGCAGGCGCAGAUUCACCAGUUAAUGUACCAGAUGCAAGCGUAUGCUGCACUGGUGACGCCGAAUAUCGGGGCGUGGUACCCGCUGGAGAGAGGAAGACGGAGGAGAAGAGACGAUGCUGAUGACGACGACGACGAUGUGAGCGAGUUGCUGGUCGACGCGAUAUUGAAGCGGCCAGAGAGGAUUAUCAGGAAGCGAGCGGCGUCAUAG